AUGCUCCUGCUCCUGCUCCUGCUGGUUCCUGCCAUACUACUCUACAUUUCCCACCGCAUCGUGCGGCCUACUCUGACUCUGGCAAAGAAGAAGAAGCCGAGCAGCCAUGGCCUCCGGAGCCACCCGCUGCUUGGCCAUCUCCACGCGUUCCUCAAGAACCGCCACCGCUUCCUCGACUGGUCGACCGAGCUCAUCGUCGGCAGCCCGGAGCGGAGGAUGGGCUUCUGGAUUCCCGGGAUGAUCACCUGCUUCAUCACCGGCAACCCGGCCGACGUCGAGCACGUCCUGCGCACCAACUUCGCCAACUACCCCAAGGGCGACAGCACCAUCCCCGUCAUGGCCGACUUCCUCGGCCACGGCAUCUUCAACUCCGACGGGGAGCAGUGGCUCUGGCAGCGCAAGAGCGCCAGCCGUGAGUUCACCACGCACUCGCUCCGGGGUUUCGUCAUCGAUUCCGUGCAGUCCGAGGUCAGAAACAGGCUUCUGCCCUUGCUGCGACGCGCGGCGGCCGGCGGCGGCCACAUGGUUCUCGACAUGCAGGACGUGCUCGAGCGCUUCGCGUUCGACACCGUCUGCAUGAUCUCCUUCGGCCACGACCCGUGCUCCCUCGCCGACGACGGGGUCUUGCCAGACGGCAAGUCAGACUUCAUGCGCGCCUUCGUCGAGGCGCAGGACCUCACCGUUAAACGCUGGCUCGAGGUCACCUGGAAGAUCAAGAGGUGGCUCGACAUCGGCAAAGAGCGCCGCCUGAGGAAGGCCAUCGCCGAUGUACACGGGUUCGCCAUGGACAUCGUCCGCACCCGCCGUCAAAGCUCGUCUGGGAAUAACAGAGAUGACCUUCUUUCAAGGCUCGUGGCGAGCGGCGAUCACGGCGAUGAGGCGCUCCGGGACAUCGUCCUCAGUUUCCUGCUAGCCGGCCGCGAGACGACGUCCUCGGCUCUGACGUGGUUCUUCUGGCUCGUCUCUUCCCGGCCGGACGUUGUCGCGCGCAUCGCCGACGAGGUCCGCUCGGUUCGGUCCACAACGGGCACCCGCCCUGGCGAUCCGUUCACGUUCGACGCGCUCCGGAGCAUGCAGUACCUGCACGCCGCGCUCACCGAGUCGAUGAGGCUCUACCCACCGGUGGCGAUCGACUCCUCCGAGACAUGUGCGGCGGAUGACACGCUCCCCGAUGGCACGCACGUCGGUGCAGGAUGGUCCAUCACAUACAGCGCGUACGCCAUGGGGCGGCUCGCCACGAUAUGGGGCACGGACUGCGCCGAGUUCAAGCCCGAGCGGUGGCUCGACGACCAUGGGGCUUUCCGGCCGGUGAGCCCGUUCCUAUACGCGGUGUUCCACGCCGGACCCAGGACGUGCCUUGGGAAGGAGAUGGCAUACGUGCAGAUGAAGUCCAUUGUCGCCGGUGUUCUCGAAGAAUUCGUGGUCGACGUCACCGGCAGCGGCGUGCCGGAGCACGCGCUUUCGAUAACCCUGAGGAUGAAGGGUGGCUUGCCUGUCCAAAUAAGCACAAGGCUGGAAGUCUAG